AUGCGUUUCUCUGCUGUUUCCGUCCUUGCCUUGGCUACCCUCGCCAUGGCCAAGUCUGAGUCUGGCAAGAUGUCUGCUCUCCCAGUCACCAGCAGCAUGGUCAUGACCACUGCCCCAUACCCAACUGGCGGCAGCCCAACUGGCAUCCCAGGAACUGGCACUGGUUCUUCCACCAUGCCACACAACUCUACCAGCACCGCCCACACCAGCACUCGCACUGGCUCCGGCCCAAGCUCUUCCAUGACCACCACCGCCACCUCCACUGGUCUCGCUGCCACCGCCGGCCCAGCCCUCGCUGGUGUCAUCGGUGGUGCCGCCGUCAUUGCUGCCUUCCUUUAA